CAACCUUGCAUAUUUAGUUCGUGUACGCUCACAAGGCGAGCUUUAUGUCGGAAAGUCAAGUGCCAGCCGUAACAAGGUAUAUAACAGCGCACACUGUACUCAAAUCAUGGAUUGAAUCGCAAGCAACGAGCACGAAACGAAACAAUUUUGCCAACUGGGACAGCCAAUGGUUGAAUUUGGGCACGGACGCAAAUUCUGUUGCGCUUUAUUCUACCAAGGUGACACCUACACCAGGUUUGUACUACUUAGUGAAACAACUUAUCAACAUACAUCAACAAAUUGAAGAGUUUUCAGCUGGUACUGCAUACCUUCCGUGGUUCGGAUCAAAAUUCUAGGACUGGAUCAAAUUUCUAGGACUGGAUUUAUUUAUUUAUUUAUUUUAUUUACCCAAAAACAGGAAGGGCGCACCCACGGAGCCAAAGCGCCAAUAACGGGUUCCCCGCGUGAGUUGUAAAAUACAUAGAAAUAUUGUAUACAAAUUAAGAGUUAAACACUAAAUAGUGCAUCACAACAAAAAAACAACAAAGUCAACAACAACAACAACAUAAUAUAAAAAAGGGGCACUAGCAGCACAAAGUGUCACUGAGUAAUCCAAUCCAAUCCAAAGGACGGGCUUUGUGACAUUUGACACAAACAGUCUUGUCAAUUCUAGAACUGGAUCAAAAUGAAUUUCGAAUCCCAGUCACCCGACGCAAACGGAUUUGCCAAAUUCCAGACCCAAUAUAUACCCAUUACCUGUAACCCAAAUCCCAGUGAAAAUAAUAUAGACAAAUAAUACCAGCUCUCAUUUUUACAACCCUGAUUAUCAAAGCCACAAGCCAUGAUUAAAUUUACUGAAUCAAUGUUUUUAACUAUUUUUCUUUUUCUCUUAAAGGCGGAAUAUGGUACACACUUGAUGUCACACAGCAAGCGCAGGAUUGGAAAUAUGGCUCAAACUACGGCCUGCUCCUGCGAGAUACUCAUGAACAAGUGCAAGGACGCGAUUUUCGAUUUGCCAGUAAUGCCUACUCGGACAGCUCUAAACAUGCCUAUAUAACCCUGAGGUGCUCGGUGCAACAGCAAUCUGCAGGAGGAGGGGGAGGUAUAAUCUCCCCUAACGGAGGGGGAAUUCACCCCAUUUAAAGUGUGUGUGGGUUAAAUAGAUGUUAUAAUCCUAGGGUAGAAUGACUGAAUCAAAUGGAUGGUACAAGUUUAGUAGAUCAAUCAAAAGAGUGCCUAUGAAUUUUUGUAUUAGGUAUUUUGAAAUAAAAUUCUGUGUGAGACAUGUAUGUGUUUAUUUGGA